CAUCUGGGUUCUGAGAGCAUCAGGACGGGGCCCCUACUUAGCGCCCGCGGCGGGUGGCGGUGGCGGUGGGGGGCAGGAGGGUCUCCGCUCUGGCUCCUAGGACCAUCUGGGACCCUUACAGUUGGCUAAUGGGCUGUGGUUUCUCUUCAGGUCGCGAUGGAUCUUGAAGGUGACAGCGAUGGAAAGGCAGGGAAGAAUUGGAAGCUGGACAAAACGAGUUUUGCUGUGAUUUUCAGUAACAAUGAGAAGAAAGAAAAGAAAGCAGCUGUUAGUACACUUGCAAUGUUUCGCUAUGCGGAUUCUCUAGACAAGCUGUAUAUGGUGCUGGGAACGCUGGCUGCCAUUGUUCAUGGAAUUGGACUUCCCCUUUUAAUGCUGUUGUUUGGGAACAUGACAGACAGCUUUACAAAUACAGAAAACAAGAUCCUACCAAACGUUAUUAAUCAAAGUGAAACCAACAGUACACAGAUCUCCAGCCAUCUGGAAGAAAACAUGACCAUGUAUGCCUACUAUUACACUGGAAUUGGUGCUGGUGUGCUUAUUGCUGCUUACAUUCAGGUUUCAUUCUGGUGCCUGGCAGCCAGAAGACAAAUACACAAAAUAAGGCAGCAGUUUUUCCAUGCUAUCAUGAAGCAAGAGAUAGGCUGGUUUGAUGUGCAUGAUGUUAGAGAGCUUAACACCCGGCUCACUGAUGAUGUCUCCAGAAUUAGUGAUGGAAUUGGUGAGAAAAUUGGAAUGUUCUUUCAGUCAAUUACAACAUUUCUUGCUGGUUUUAUAGUGGGAUUUAUAAGUGGCUGGAAGUUAACCCUUGUAAUUUUGGCCAUCAGCCCUGUUAUUGGACUGUCAUCUGCUAUGUGGGCAAAGGUAUUGUCUUCAUUUACUACUAAAGAACUCUCAGCAUAUGCAAAAGCUGGAGCAGUAGCAGAGGAAGUCUUAGCAGCCAUUAAAACUGUGAUCGCAUUUGGAGGACAAAACAAAGAACUUCAGAGGUACAAUAAAAAUUUAGAAGAAGCUAAAAUUAUUGGUAUUAAGAAAGCUGUCACAGCCAACAUUUCAAUAGGUGCUGCUUACCUACUAGUCUAUGCAUCAUAUGCUCUGGCAUUCUGGUUUGGGACCUCCUUGGUCUUCUCCAAUGAAUAUUCUAUUGGACAAGUUCUCACUGUCUUCUUUUCUAUAUUAAUGGGGACAUUUAGUAUUGGGCACACAUCUCCAUAUAUUGAAGCAUUUUCAAAUGCAAGAGGAGCAGCUUAUGAAAUCUUCAGGAUAAUUGAUAAUGAGCCAAGCAUUGACAGCUUCUCGAAGAAGGGGCAUAAACCACAUAAUAUUAAGGGAAAUUUGGAAUUCAAAAAUGUUCACUUCAGCUACCCAUCCCGAAAAGAAGUUCAGAUCCUGAAGGGACUCAACCUGAAGGUGCAGAGUGGGCAGACAGUAGCCCUGGUUGGGAACAGUGGCUGUGGGAAAAGCACAACUGUCCAGCUGCUGCAGAGGCUUUAUGACCCCACAGAGGGUGUGGUCAGUAUUGAUGGUCAGGACAUUCGGACCAUAAAUGUAAGGUAUCUGAGGGAAAUUAUCGGUGUGGUGAGUCAGGAACCUGUGCUGUUUGGCACCACGAUAGCUGAAAACAUUCGCUAUGGUCGUGAAAAUGUCACCAUGGAUGAGAUUGAGAAAGCUGUCAAGGAAGCCAAUGCCUAUGACUUCAUUAUGAAACUACCUCAUAAAAUUGACACCCUGGUGGGAGAGAGAGGGGCCCAGCUGAGUGGUGGACAGAAACAGAGAAUUGCUAUUGCCCGUGCCCUGGUUCGCAACCCCAAGAUCCUCCUGCUGGAUGAGGCCACGUCAGCCCUGGACACAGAGAGUGAAGCAGUUGUUCAGGCAGCCCUGGAUAAGGCCAGAGAAGGUAGGACCACCAUUGUGAUAGCUCAUCGCUUGUCUACAGUGUGCAACGUUGAUGCCAUUGCUGGCUUUGGUGAUGGAGUCAUUGUGGAGAAGGGAAAUCAUGAUGAACUCAUGAAAGAGAGAGGAAUUUACUUCAAACUGGUCACAAUGCAGACAAGAGGAACUGAAGCCGAGUUAGAAAAUGAAGUUUAUGAACCAAGAAGUCAAACUGAGACCUUUGAAUUGUUUUCAGAAGACUCAGGAUCUCCUCUAGUAAGAAGACUAACUCACCAGAGUAUGCAUGGUCCACAAGCCGAAGACAAAAAGCUUAGUACAAAAGAGGCCCUGGAAGAAAAUGUACCUCCAGCUUCCUUUUGGAGAAUCCUAAAUCUGAAUUUAACAGAAUGGCCUUAUUUAAUAGUUGGUGUGUUUUGUGCCACUAUAAAUGGAGUUAUGCAGCCAGCAUUUUCUAUAGUGUUUUCAAGGAUUGUAGGGGUUUUUACAAGAAAUGAUGAUCCUGAAAUAAAACGACAAAAUUGUAACUUGUUUUCACUAUUUUUUCUGGUCUUUGGAAUUAUUUCUUUUAUUACGUAUUUCCUUCAGGGAUACACAUUUGGCAAAGCUGGAGAGAUCCUCACCAAGCGGCUCCGAUACAUGGUCUUCAAGUCCAUGCUGAGGCAGGAUAUGAGCUGGUUUGAUGAUCACAAGAACACCACUGGAGUGCUAACCACCAGACUUUCCAAUGAUGCUGCGAAUAUUAAAGGGGCUGUGAGCUCCAGACUUGCUGGAAUUACCCAGAAUAUAGCAAAUCUUGGGACAGGAAUUAUCAUAUCCUUAAUCUAUGGCUGGCAGUUAACACUUUUACUGCUAGCAAUUGUACCCCUCAUAGUAUUAGGGGGAGCUAUUGAAAUUAAAAUGCUGUCUGGACAAGCACUGAAAGAAAAGAAAGAAUUAGAAGCUUCUGGGAAGAUCGCUACUGAAGCAAUAGAAAACUUCCGCACUGUUGUUUCGUUGACUCAGGAGCAGAGGUUUGAAAAUAUGUAUGCACAGAGUUUGCAGGUGCCAUACAGAAAUGCUUUGAGGAAAGCACACAUCUUUGGAAUCACAUUUUCCUUCACCCAGGCAAUGAUGUAUUUUUCCUAUGCUGCUUGCUUCCAAUUUGGGGCCUUCCUGGUGGCCCAUCACCUCAUGAAUUUUCAAAAUGUUAUGUUGGUUUUCUCAGCUAUUAUCUUUGGUGCCCUAGCAGCUGGGAAUGCCACUUCAUUUGCUCCAGACUACACCAAAGCCAAAGUGUCAGCAUCACAUAUCAUCAUGAUCCUUGAAAAAGUCCCUGCAGUUGACUCCUACAGCACACAAGGACUAAAACCUAAUACAUUGGAAGGAAAUAUAACAUUCCAUGACAUCGUGUUCAACUAUCCCACCCGACCAGACAUCCCAGUGCUUCAGGGGCUGAGUCUCGAGGUGAAGAAGGGUCAGACACUGGCCCUGGUGGGCAGCAGUGGCUGUGGAAAGAGCACAGUGGUCCAGCUCCUUGAGAGGUUCUAUGACCCCCUGGGUGGAAGAGUGCUUCUAGAUGGCAAAGAAAUAAAGCAACUGAAUGUGCAGUGGCUCCGAGCACACCUGGGCAUCGUGUCCCAGGAGCCCAUCCUGUUUGACUGCAGCAUCAGUGAGAACAUCGCCUAUGGAGACAACAGCAGGGUCGUGUCCCAGGAUGAGAUCGUUAGAGCAGCCAAGGAGGCCAACAUCCACCAGUUCAUUGAUUCUCUGCCUGAUAGAUAUAACACCAGAGUUGGAGACAAAGGGACUCAGCUGUCUGGUGGUCAGAAACAACGCAUCGCCAUAGCUCGUGCCCUUGUUAGACAGCCUCACAUUUUGCUUUUGGAUGAAGCAACAUCAGCUCUGGAUACAGAAAGUGAAAAGGUUGUUCAGGAAGCCCUAGACAAGGCCAGAGAAGGCCGCACCUGCAUUGUGAUCACCCACUGUCUGUCCACCAUCCAAAACGCAGACCUAAUCAUCGUGAUUCAGAAUGGCAAGGUCAAGGAGCAUGGCACCCACCAACAACUGCUGGCACAGAAAGGCAUCUAUUUCUCAAUGGUCCAGGCUGGAGCAAAGCAUUUGUGAAAUGUAACACUUUAAGAUGCUAAAUACCCUUAACAUUGGUAUUUAAAUUGGCACAUAAUCAAAGUUUAAAAAUCGAGCAUCCAUUAAAUUAGAAAUUUAAUAUGUUGAACAUUUCCUGACACUAUUAAAGAUAAAUUCAGCAAGCUUAGAGUUAAAUUAACAAUUAAAUUAAAAAUUAAAUAAAAAAUAACUAGAACUGAAAUUGAAAAAAUAAUCAUCAAAUUGGAGGGAUCCUGAUUUUAACUUCAUUAUAUUAUUUCCAAAAGAAUUUAAAGAUUUUUUUCCUUGUUUUCCCACCUUCAUUGUAAAGCUCAGUAAUAACUACAUGGGUCUUUCCUUGACUGACCACCAAACAAAUCAGAACCAAACCAAACCAGAGUUGAGAGACAGUGCCUGUGCAUGCUUGACACAAGGGAUUUAGGUCAGGUAGAAAGAAAGAUUCAGAAAUUAUUAUAAAUCAAUGGGAUUGUGCUCACAAAGAGUUCUCUAAAUUAAAUGUGUAAUUUUGUGUAACCUUUCUUACUUUAGUUAUUAUUGUCAUGCUAAGUGAUAACAGAUGUUGCAAAAGUAUCAAAAUAAAGGGUCUGUGUGAAACUUAAA